UAAAAAUAUUAUCCAAUUAUCUCUUCAUUCUUUAAAUAUCCGAACUAUUUUAAUUUUUUUUUUUUUUUUGCCACACAUGAUAUUACUCCCGACCCCUGAUAAGUCAAACCCACUCUUGUACGCCAAACUAAGGGACAUUGUUUCGUGGAAACACCUAUACCAAUUUGUGAAAUAGAAAAAGAAAAUACUCAACUAUUUUUAAAAGGAUCCAAGAAACGAGAGAGGGGAUCCUCUUCUCUUGUUUGUUUGUUUGUGUUUCUCUGUCAAAGAUUUGAUGGAGAGCAUCCCAAUCCCAGGGUGGCAGGUGUUGUCGUUGUGCGGAAUUGCUACAUGGCUGGUUCUAUCUUCAUUCUUCAAUUUUACGCGAAAGAUUAGAUCUUUCACUCAACCAUGGGUUUCUACCUAUGUUGUUUCUACCACUCCUCUUACUUUAAUUAUCCAGAAAUAUCACAACAAAUAUUUGGAUGCCUUGUUUUCUGGUCUUUCUUGUGUCGUUUCUGUGCCUUUCUACACUGCUUUCCUUCCCUUGCUAUUCUGGAGUGGGCAUUGCAAAUUGGCUAGACAGAUGACUCUUUUGAUGGCUUUUUGUGAUUAUAUCGGUAACUGUAUAAAGGAUGUUGUAUGUGCUCCUAGACCCAGUUCACCACCUGUUAGGAGAAUAACUGCAACCGAAGAUGAGAAAGAAAAUGCCCUCGAAUAUGGACUGCCUUCUUCACACACCCUCAACACUCUCUGCCUCUCUGGAUUCCUUCUUCAGUAUAUCUUAUCCUACACACAAAAUGAUGAUGCCAUUACUGGAUUAUCUGGAUUAGCAAUCGUUUGUUUGUUUGUUUUCUUCAUUGCAGUAGGAAGAAUAUAUUUGGGAAUGCACAGCUUGAUUGACAUCAUUGGGGGUCUAAUUAUUGGAUUGGCAAUCCUGGCAUCCUGGCUUUCUGUUCACAAAUACAUAGAUGAUUUCGUAGUUUUGGGACAAAAUGUUUCAUCAUUCUGGGCUGUGCUAAGCUUCUUGCUGCUCUUUGCUUACCCUACACCGCAGCUUCCAACUCCAAGUUUUGAGUUCCAUACAGCGUUCAAUGGUGUGGCACUGGGAAUUGUAAUUGGUGUCCAGCAGACGUAUCAUCAGUUUCAUCAUGAGAGUGUACCCCGUGUUUUUACUCCCCAUCUUACCGUUCCUGCCUUUUUGGGAAGAAUGAUAGUAGGAUAUCCAACAAUACUCCUCGUGAGGUUCUGCAGCAAGGCUCUUGCCAAAUGGAUGCUUCCCAUACUUGCCAAUGCAUUGGGCAUCCCAGUGAGAUCAAGCAACUACAUCCCAUCAUUAAGUGUUUCAGCUUCCGCCAAAAAGUCAGAUGAAAUAAAGCAAGAAGGUUAUAUUCAAAAGCUAUUCUUUUUCUCCCGACAGGACUCAUUCGAAGUCGAUACUGGUAUUAGGCUCUUUCAGUACGCUGGUCUUGCUUGGUCAGUGGUGGAUCUUGUGCCUUCUCUGUUCUCUCACCUGAGUCUAUGAUGCUUGGUAUUUCAUGUAUAAUAGAAUAUAUAUAUUGUUUGUGUUGAUAUAUAGGAAUACGUUCUUAGCCGACCAUUUUGAACUCUUGUAUGGCAAUUUUGAACUUGUGUAAUAUAUUAUUACUGAUGAAAAUGAGAUAUAUUCUGCGGGUUCUGAAGGCAGUACUGGUUA